UCAGUAGCUGUGUUCCAGUAGAAUACGACGUAAGCGAGCCCAAUGGAAAAACUGGAGACAAAUAUGCCAUGGUGUCAUUUUGUUCAACGCAAAAUAAAACCGCAUCAAGAAAGAGCUGUUUUUUGCCAAUUGAUCAGAACAAUAUUUGGCACCAAGUACCGGUAUUCUCACGCCAUACAAAAGUUACAUAUGCUAGUAAACAAUGCUCUGAAUGUCACGGGGAGGAAGACAUCAUUCCAUGGUCGAUUGGUGUAUCAUGCCCCAGUGUUAUAGAUCUUAACACCUAUUCUGUAACCAGUGCCCUUUGGGAAGAUCUUAAACGUCAGAAUUGUUCCAUUUAUUUUACUCCACCACGAAAUAGCAACCUGAUUCCCUGCAAUAUCUCUCUUACUACUCAACAAAAUGUUGCCGGGAAGCAGGAGGAUUUGGAAUUAGGAAAUGUUGGCAAAAGUUCCAGGAAUCAGUAUGGUUAUUAUCGAAGAGUAUUCUGUAAUUUGUGUAUCACGGAGGCGAGACAAAGAGAAUUAAAUCUCUCUCAGUUGGACGAAAACAUCCUCCACAGAAACUGUAACAUGCAUACGUGUAUCGAAAUAGAUAGUAAACUAGACACGUUCGCUGAUUCAGAGACAGUAUUAUCCGAGGAGCGCAGAAAUUGUCUAACUUAUGGCUGUACAUUUCCUUCUUGGGAUAUUGUGUCAAAUUUCAAUAAUGUGUAUAAUGAAAGACCGGCAGAUAACUCAUCUCAUUACGUCGCACACGUGAAUUUUACGUCGCUGUGCGUUGAAAAUGAAGAAUACGAAACCUGGUGUGAAAACAAAAUUUAUGUUACCCGUUUACAAAAUAACUUAAACAGUCAUAGUUACCGCGAACUAUUUUCCAUCCUUGACAUGUCAGCGGAGGGAAAUGAACGCUUCUCUCCAGAAUGCAAAUUAGCAGAAAUAUAUGACCCCUACCAAAGAAAGUGUAGGAAACUUGUUUGUGCACCGGGGAAGACGUUACAGGGCUCCUCCUGUCAGCACCUUAUCACGCAUGCUCAGAAUGUCGCCUAUAACAUUGCCUUUGAAGUGCUGAUGGAUUCCGAUACUUCAAAUGAAACUUCCUGUGUGAUAUUUGAUAUUCUAAAAAGCGUUAUUCAAGAGGAAAUAUUUGAAGGAAAGGUGGAUUUUGCUGAAAUAUAUUAUCACCCUAUUAAAAAUAUCAAGUCAGAGGCUAAUGAAUUAUUGCAAAACACAAUGAAUGUGUAUAUAGGAUUAGAAAUAGGUAAUGACACAAAUCCCAUUCAUCGCAAACCUCUAGAAUUGCAUCUUUUAAAUCUAACACAUCUUACAGUAGACUACAAAGAGUUUCACUUUCGUUUUCAAGAAAAUGUAGAGUCGUGGUACCUUCCAUCACAACAGAAUGAAUUAUCAUUGAAGUUGAACUGCUCUGAUCCUAAUUUAAAUUCAGACAACAGGGCAUACUCAUUUGAUGUCACAAGCCUUCUUUUCUGUACCCAAAUUGAAUUGAAUUCUGAAGAAUUUGUUUUUUCAAAACACAGCCAACAAAUAGUUGUCGGCGUUCUUAACAAAAAGUUUGAUGCAACACAAUUUGGUAGAAAUGAAAACGGUAGCGUUCAAAUUUGUUCAGAUACGUAUUUACUAUUCGGGAGGGAACCAUCAACAUUGAAGCUGGCAUCUUAUAUUGUUUCCGUUGUAUGUACGAUCAUAUCACUGCUUUCUUUAUCACUGACUUUUCUGACGUUCUGUUUAUUUUCAGUUCUACGAAGUAUUCCUGGUAAAAAUGUCAUGUGUUUUACACUUUCUCUAUUCUUUGCCCAGUUACUUUUCCUAUUGCGAUCCGAGAAGAGGGAUGAAUUAACAUGCGCUCUGAUUGGUGGCCUGACUCAUUACUUUUGGAUCUCGGUUUUCACUUGUACUAAUAUUUCCUGUUUCCACAUGUUCAAAUUAUUUGUAAGAAAUUUGCUUUUUCGCAAUGAUAAGUCUUAUGAAAAAAGGUUAUUUGUGAAAUAUAUAGUUCUAUCUUACGUAUUACCAACAGUUCCUGUGGCGAUAAAUGUGAUCCUUCAUUUCAUCUUAUCAAACUCGUCAACAUUUGGAUAUGGUGGGGAAGUGUGCUUCCUGUCAAGUACUUUGGCUUUGGUUUUAACAUUUAUACUCCCGAUUAUCUUGCAGAUUAUCUUUAACAUAAUAAUGUUUUCAGCUACAUUCUAUUCUAUAAAAACCACCCCUAUUGUCGAAGACCGAAUAGAGAGAAGCGAUUUUUUGAUUUUCUUUAAAUUGUUUCUCCUUACUGGAAUAUCCUGGGUUCUUCUUGUCAUUGAUGGAUUUUUCGAGUUGUCCCCGUUCACAUUUUUGGCGAUAUUUCUUAAUGGAUCACAAGGUGUAUUUCUGUUCAUUGUUAACGUCUGCAAUAAAAAUGUUAUUAGCUUGUAUAAAUGUAAAUUGAGGGGGAAAAGUGACUCUGGCGAAAAUAAGUAUAUAUAACCAUGUAUCAUUAUUACGUUAUAAUCCAUGCAAACAUAUUCUAGUUACUUAGAUUUUGGUAAAUUCUCAGGAUAUUGAACGCUAACAUUCUCUAGAUUUUACACAGAUCUUAUAAUAGACUAUCUAUUAGCUAUAUAAUGAUAUCGGUGUGAAAACUUCAUUUUUGUUUUAAAGUAACAAACAAGUCUCGUAGUCAAUGUUUGAAUUUCAUUUUUAAAACACAGGUUCUCUUGACGUUUUAAAGAUAUAAAAUUUUAAAAGAUUGUCUUUCUCUAAAUAAACUAUUCACAAGGUAUAUCACGCCGCCAUCUUGGUUUUCUUUUUCGGUAAAAAGCUCGAUUUAAUAUGAUAAUUAGACCUCUACCAACCCCUACCGUUUAAAAGCAAUCCUGCCAAGGUAUUAUCCCUCGCAUAGUCAGGGUGAACUGGAAAUAAUUAUAGUCCAUUGUUAAGACCUUGACAGAGUUGCUUCUAUACCUGUACCUUGUGAACGGAACCAUUUUUUUUAUACAUGUAUAUAUUUUAGAAAAUCGAGAGUCUGAGUUUGAAUAUAAAUAAUGUUAAAAAUUUAGAAUAUAUACAGUUGGUGCCAAGGGAAUAAAAUUCUCUUAUUAAUUAAUUAUUUUGUUCAAGAACUCAAAAGUAUGAGAAAAUUAAAGAUCUUGAAAUUUUGAAACCAUGAGUUUGCCUGUAUUUAACAAAAUAUUACUUUCCGUUUCAUUCUGUGUAAAAUUAUCUCAAAACCAGGAUUCUUUAAAUGCUUGUAACUCCUGAUUGGAAAACUAGUAAAUGCAGAAGUGACUGUCAAGAAUGCUGAUUAUGUUUUUCAUCCCUUUUAAAAUUGCUAUUUUUAACUUUCCCAACUGCUUACAAUGCUUAUACUACUUCAUACAAUAGAUGUAUAAUUUUUAUAAUCAGUACAGGUUUUCUUAAACGUGGGAGAUUUAAAUUGGUAGGUAUUCCAAACCGCGAAAACAAUUAGUCACAACCAACCCCCGACCCCAACCGAUGAUAGUUAUGGGGAUCUCUUUUAUAGGUAUACACUGUAAUUCAAGACUGGAAUAGUUGAAAAUAGCCUAAUUUGUAAAAAUGUCAUAAAGUUGUUAGUGGAAUUCAAAAUUCUAACAAAUCAUGGAAAGAAUUCAUCAGCAUAGCGUACUGUAAACUCCAUCAUUGUACUGUAAACUCCAUCAUUGUACUGUAAACUCCAUCAUUGUACUGUAAACUCUGUUAUUAUGUUGUAAACUCCAUCAUUGUACUGUAAACUCUGUCAUUAUGCUGUAAACUCCUUCAUUGUCCUGUAAACUCCAUCAUUGUACUGUAAACUCCAUCAUUGUACUGUAAACUCUGUUAUUAUGUUGUAAACUCCAUCACUGUAUUGUAAACUCCAUCAUUGUACUGUAAACUCUGUCAUUAUGCUGUAAACUCCUUCAUUGUCCUGUCAACUCCUUUGUUGUACUGUAAACUCCUUCGUUGUACUGUAAACUCUGUCAUUAUGCUGUAAGCUCCUUCAUUGUACUGUCAACUCCUUCAUUGAACUGUCAACUCCUUCAUUGUACUGUCAACUCCUUCAUUGUACUGUAACCUGUCAUUAUGCUCUAAUCUCCUUAAUUGUACUGUCAACUCCUUCAUUGUACUGUAAACUCCUUCAUUGUACUGUCAACUCCUUCAUUGUACUGUCAACUCCUUCAUUGUACUGUAACCUGUCAUUAUGUUCUAAUCUCCUUCAUUAUACUGUAAACUCCUUCAUUGUAUUGUAAACUCUUUCAUUAUGCUGUAAAUACCUUCAUUGUACUGUAAACUCCUUCAUUGUACUGUUACCUGUCAUUAUGCUGUAAACUCCAUCACUGUACUGUAAGCUCCAUCAUUGUACUGUAAACUCUGUCAUUAUGCUGUAAACUCCUUCAUUGUACUGUAAACUCCAUCAUUGUACUGUAAACUCUGUUAUUAUGUUGUAAACUCCAUCACUGUAUUGUAAACUCCAUCAUUGUACUGUAAACUCUGUCAUUAUGCUGUAAACUCCUUCAUUGUCCUGUAAACUCCUUUGUUGUACUGUAAACUGUCAUUAUGCUGUAAGCUCCUUCAUUGUACUGUAGACUCCUUCAUUGUACUGUAAACUCUUUCAUUAUGCUGUAAACUCCUUCAUUGUCCUGUAAACUCCUUUGUUGUAUUGUAAACUCCUUCAUUGUCCUGUAAACUCCUUUGUUGUAUUGUAAACUCCUUCGUUGUACUGUAAACUCUGCCAUUAUGCUGUAAGCUCCUUCAUUGUACUGUAAACUCCUUCAUUGUACUGUAAACUCCUUCAUUGUAUUGUAAACUCCUUCAUUGUACUGUCAACUCCUUCAUUGUACUGUAACCUGUCACCAUGCUCUAAUCUCCUUCAUUAUACUGUAAACUCCUUCAUUGUACUGUAAACUCUUUCAUUAUGCUGUAAACACCUUCAUUGUACUGUAAACUCUUUCAUUGUACUGUUACCUGUCAUUAUGCUGUAAACUCCUUCAUUGUACUGUAAACUUCGUCAUUAUGCUGUAAACUCCAUCACUGUACUGUAAACUCCAUCAUUGUACUGUAAACUCCUUUGUUGUACUGUAAACUCCUUCGUUGUACUGUAAACUCUGUCAUUAUGCUGUAAACUCCUGCAUUGUCCUGUCAACUCCUUUGUUGUACUGUAAACUCCUUCGUUGUACUGUAAACUCUGUCAUUAUGCUGUAAACUCCUUCAUUGUCCUGUCAACUCCUUUGUUGUACUGUAAACUCCUUCGUUGUACUGUAAACUCUGUCAUUAUGCUGUAAGCUCCUUCAUUGUACUGUCAACUCCUUCAUUGUACUGUCAACUUCUUCGUUGUACUGUCAACUCCUUCAUUGUACUGUCAACUCCUUCAUUGUACUGUAACCUGUAACCUGUCAUUAUGCUGUAAACUUCAUCAUUGUACUGUAAAUUCUGUCUUUAUGCUGUCAACUCCUUCGUUGUACUGUAAACUCUGUCAUUAUGCUGUAAACUCCUUCAUUGUACUGUAAACUCUGUCAUUGUACUGUAAACUUCGUCAUUAUGCUGUAAACUCCAUCAUUGUACUGUAUAUUCCUUCAUUGUACUGUAACCUGUCAUUAUCCUGUAAACUCCUUCACCGUACUGUAAACACCGUCGUUGUACUGUAAACUCCUUCAUUAUACUGUAAACUCUUUCAUUAUACUGUAAACUCCUUCAUUAUACUGUAACCUGUCAUUAUGCUGUAAACUCCUUCAUUGUGCUGUAAACUUCGCCGUUGUGCUGUAAACUCCGUCCAUGUACAGUAAACGCCGUCAUUGUACUGUAAAAUUCGUCGUUGUACUAUAAACUCCUUCAUUAUACUGUAAACUUCAUCAAUGUACUAUAAACUACAUCAUUGUACUGUAAACUCUGUCAUUGUGUUGUAAACUCCGUCAUUGUGCUGUAAACCCCUUCAUUGUGCUGUAAACUCUUUCAUUGUCGCGAGGGGUCCAAUUUCUCAUUGUAACUUAUUGUAAACUUCGUCGUGAGGGAUCCAAUUUGUCGGUUGGUAAACGUUAGUUAAAUAUUACAGAGUAUAUUUAUACCAAAGUAUAUAAGAUACAUUUGUAUAUUUCACAAUGACUUCAUAGAUCACGUGGACCAAUAGCGCAUGUAUUCGCGUGCUCAAGAAGCCAUCUAUGUAAACCAAACUACAACUGUUUUCAUACAUGUACAUGUACAUAUAUAUAUGUAUCAUUAAUAGGAAAACAAGCAUUUCUUUUCUAUUAUACAUGUCAAUUUAAAUGUUUUCAUAGUUUGAAUAAAUUUUAAGUAAACCAGUCAU